AUGUUUCCAACUUCCUCUCUUGAAGUGAAUCAACCAGACCCAACGUUUUCUAGAAGUCUGUUAUAUUUCGAAAAUAUAAUUAGACAACAAAGACUGCUUGUAGCAGAUUACUCCCCAAAUGAUGAAACUCAAACGGACGAUGAUUCCAAUAACGGAAACAGUUCAACAGAUCAAACAGGCCAUGAGAAAGUUUCUGAACGGAAGGACAAAGUUCUUAUUCAAGGAAUCAAAGAAAGUGUUAUGAAACACUUCAAGGAAAAUCAAUAUCAAGGAUAUGUAAACGAAACCAAGCUUUUAAUAAAAAGUAGUUCUAAAGUUAAACCAGCAUCCUUGAUCAACAACUUGGUAUCACUUAAGUCACUGUGCAAGUCUGAGGAACUGAAAAGUAGUAUCGGUGGAUUGAUUUUCGACAUCAUGAAUAUGUAUAUGGACGGUGGUGCUCGAAUGUUCACAACUCACAAUCAUGGAUCUGGAACAAAUCUUGAAUUCAUCUGUGUUGCUGUAUACAAAUAUGAGAUAAAUGGACAAGAAGCCUGUGAUUUUUUACUUUCUCGCUAUUCUCAAGUACGACAAUCAAGAAUUGGAAUACUUAGCUUCUUUCAAAGACAGUGUAGUCCUGACGAGCUGAAAGAUAUGGUAGAAGCGAGUUUUAUAAAAGAGCUCGUAGAACGAAAUUUCGCGAAAUUGGAAAAUAGUCAGUUGUAUAUGAUUACUGAAGACUGA